AUGCCGCGCGGCUUGUCGUCAAUCACGCCGCUCCUCGCGCGGGCCGGCCCCUUCAACGAAGUGCCCCUGGAAUACCGCUUCGACACGGCACAAAAAGCGUUGCGCACCGCGCGCGUGCUCGUGAUCGGCGCCGGCGGGCUCGGCUGCGAGAUCCUCAAGAACUUGGCGCUCUGCGGGCUCAUGCACAUCGACGUCGUGGACAUGGACACGGUCGACUUGAGCAACCUCAACCGGCAGUUUCUCUUCCGCAAACACGACGUCGGGCGCCCCAAGGCGCAGGUGGCCGCGGAGCGCGUGCGGCGGCGCGGCGGCGCGCACGUGACGCCGCAUUGCUGCCGCAUCCAGGACCUAGCGCCGGACUUCUACCGCCAGUUCGACGUGGUGGUGUGCGGGCUCGACGACGUGGAGGCCCGGCGCUGGAUCAACGCGCUCUUGGCGGGCUUUGUGGCCGCAGACCUCCGCGGGCUCGUGCCCUUGGUGGACGGCGGCAGCGAGGGCUUCCGCGGCCAGGCGCGCGUGAUCUUGCCCACGCUCACGUCGUGCUUCGAGUGCUCGUUGGACUUGCUCUCGCCCCGAACGUCGUACCCGGUGUGCACCAUUGCGCACACGCCGCGGCUCCCGGAGCACUGCGUGGAGUGGGCGUGCCAGCUCGAGUGGCCGCGCCGCUUCCCGGAGACGCCGUUCGACGCGGACGUGCCGGAACACGUGGACCGCAUGCACCGCAUGCUGGCGGCCCGGGCGGCGCGCUUCGGCAUCGCCAACGUGACGCGCAGCCUCGCCUUGGGCGUGGCCAAGCACAUCGUGCCGGCCGUCGCGUCCACCAACGCGGUGAUUGCCGCCGCGUGCCUGAACGAGGUCUUCAAGCUCGUCACCAGCUGCAACCCGGUCUUGGACAACUACAUGAUGUACCUGGGCGACGACGCCAUCUUCACGUACACGUACGCGCACUCGAAGAAGGCCACGUGCGCUGUGUGCGGCUCGGACGCGCGGCGGCUCGCGGCCAAGCGCUGGUGGACCGUGCGGGACUUGCUCGACGAGCUCCGCGAGCGCCCGGAGUUCCUGCUCCGCGCGCCGUCCGUGGCCACGGCGCGCCGCAGCAUCUACAUGGCGCUGCCGGCGGCCUUGCGCGCGCAGACGGCGCCCAACUUGGCGCGCCGCUUGGCGUCCUUGGUGGACGCGGGCGAGGAGAUGGUGGUGACGGACCUGGCGCUCCCCAUCUGCAUGCGGCUCGUGGUCUCGGCGUACACGGGCGGCGACGCGGAGCCGCGCGGCCUGCUGGGCCCGUGA